AUGGCAGGAAACAAUCAGCAGACAGACCUACCCAUUCUCAUUAUUGGUGGUGGUUGCAAUGGGUUGAUUUUGGCUCAUGCCCUUCAUAUGUUUUCGAGAGAGACGAACAAAUUGUUGCAAGAAGGUGGACGAGAUUGGGGAAUCGGUCUGCACUGGGCUACCGUGCUACUCGAGUCCCUCAUCGGAGAAGAAAGAUGGAAGCACAAAGACUUUGCGAUGGUUGACCCCUACAUGAAACCCGAGAAGGUCGAGUAUAUGCCCAUAUUCAACGGCAAAACAGGCGAGCUCCUGGCGAAGAAACCCGUGGAGAACUUACGCCGCGUCCUGAGAUCGCGCCUGCGCACCUUCGCCGCCGAAGAGCUUCCAGACCUGCGGUUAGGCAAGAAGCUCGAGCGCAUAUCGUACGCGGACGAUGGGAAGAGCGUGACGGCGCACUUCGCGGACGGGACCUCGGAGACGGGCCGUCUCCUCGUCGGCGCCGACGGCAGCCAGAGCCGCGUACGCAGGGAACUGCUCGGGAACGAGCGGGCGGCCGUCAAGCGGCUUCCGCUGGUAGCGACUUUCAUCACGGCCUCGUUCCCGGCGGACUACGCGGUGUCGCUGCGGACGAUCGCCAAGAACGCGCUCGUCAGCCUGUGGCCGCACCCGGACAACAUGUGCGGGGCGCUGACGCUCAUGGACGGCAUCGACAAGGACCACCCGGAGAACUGGCGCUUCACCUUCUACGUCGCGUGGCAGUGCACCCCCGAGGAUCAGGCCGCCGAGAUCGCGGCAGGCAUGAGCAUUCGCGACCGCCUGCGCCAGGCGAAGGAGCGGAGCAAAGCGUUUACGGACCCCCUGCGCAAGUGCUUCGAGCUGCUGCCUGACGACCACAAGGAGGUAUAUUGGUUCGGCCUGUCUAAUUGGGACCCGAGCUUGCCGGAGCACAAGUGGGAUAACCACGGGGGUCUCGUCACCCUAGUGGGCGAUGCCGCGCACCCCAUGACGUUUCAUCGUGGACAAGGGCUAAGCCACGGUCUAGUCGAUCUCUUUAGCCUCGUCAAACUACUGACGAACCCAGAGGGCCGAUCCCAGGCCGAACUGAUCGACAUCUACGAAAGCGAGAUGCGCCCCCGGGCUGCCGAGGAGGUCCAGUUAAGUGAGGUGAACUCGCUUAUGUUGCACGACGGGCCUAAGAUUACGGAAAGCCCGAUGGUGAAGAGAGGGAUGACUUAUGGGAGUGGUGACGUGGGGAAACCGAAUAAUAUCGUGCAGGUGAAGUAG